AUGGCAAACAGAGGCUACGAUGUCGUCGUCGACGUCGACCAAGAGGGCGACCUAGGCCACACCGACCUGCAAGAGGACCUUGAAUUCCACAGCUCCAACUUCGAAACAAUGCCCUCGCGCGGCGCAAAGAUCCAACCCGACUCCUCCUUUCUCCCACAACCCGCAACCGCCUCCGCGUCCGGGUCGCGCAAACACCUCCUCUGGACACUCUCCUUCUACGCGCAAGCCUUCGACGUCGACACAAAUGAGGUCCUGCGCCGCUGCACGGCCACCAUAUACCCGCGCGCCAACUUCCUCGACGUGCUCGAGGGAAACCCCGACUUGUACGGCCCCGUGUGGAUUGCGACGACGGUUGUGGUAAUCCUCUUCUUGACGGGGACGAUCAACCAGUACCUGGCCCACCAGGGGAAAGAUCAUUUCGCGUAUGAUUUCAAACUACUGAGUGGGGCUGCCGGCUUGGUGUAUGGAUACACCGCGUUCGUGCCUGUGGCAUUGUGGGGCGUGUUGAAGUGGUAUGGGAGUGAGAGUGCGAAUCUGCUCGAGUGCGCGUGUCUAUAUGGGUACGCGAAUUUGGUGUGGAUUAUAGUUGCGCUGGUGAGCUGGAGUCCGAUUUCAAUCCUUAACUACACGUUCGUUGCCCUCGGCCUGGCGUUCUCCGCAACCUUCUUGCUCCGAAACCUGUACCCCGUACUCUCGACGACCGAGAACAAGACAAGCAAGAUCCUGCUCGUGGUCGUCCUGGCGCUGCACGCUGGCUUCGCGAUUGCGAUCAAGGUGCUAUUCUUCGCUGCAACGAGUCCCGUGGGCCCGAACAAGGGAAACGACGAGAAGAUAGAUCCGGCACGAAUGCUGUUCUGA